ACGUACUACAGGAAACCAGGCGCUCCGGCGGAGAAUGAAGUAAGAGGCCGGGCCCCCAGCCCCGCGCCCGCCCCCUUCCUCCCCGGACCGCCCUCCCGCCCUGCGUCCGGGUCCCCGCAGAGCAGCCGUCGCCGCCACCGAGGUGUCCGGGCCCUCCCCGGCCGCAGCAGUCACCGCCGAACCGGCUGCGCCGCGUGAGCGCGAGGAGGAGGCGGCCAGCGCCGCACGGAGCGGAGGAGGAGAAAGGGUGCGCAGCCCGGAGGCGGGGUGCGCCGGUGGGGUGCAGCGGAAGAGGGGGCCUGGGGGGGGGACUUCGUAGCAGUCAUCCUUUUUAGGAAAAAGAGGGGGGGCAAACCCUCCCCCACCUUCUUCUCCCGCAGCGCACCACACACAGCGCGCGGGCUGCUCGCUCGGCACCGGCCGCCCCAGCGCGUCCCUGCCUGCAUUUACCAAGCUGCUUUCCCCCCCAUUUUUCGGAAAACGCAUUGGCCUUUCGGAGUUUAAUCAGAAGAGGAUUCUCGUCCCCGUUCCCCCACGCUCUUCCAUCGUCCCCCUCGCGUGUCUCUCUACCGUGGAGGGCUGAAGCAAUCCGGUGGAUACCGAUCCAUGCCUGCGCUCGAGCGUGUGUGUGCGAGUGCAAAUUGCCGAGAAGACGGGGAAAUCACAGGACUUCUGCAAAUGCUGGACUGGACAUUGUAAUUCAUCUGCCGCCACCGCUGCCUUUUUGGCCCCGCUGUCGUGCUCUUGAGAUCUCCGGUAGGGAUCCCAACGGGUUGACAUUUUCAGUGAAGCAGAAGUGUGGGGACGCAAUCUGGAAACCCUCCUGAUUUUUACUCCACCUAGCCACCCCACCCCACCAACUCCUGGUUCAUUGCAAGUUUCAAAGAAGCUUAUACAAGGAGACUGCUGAAGAUCGCUGGUGUCGUUGCCUUAUGUAUUUGUUUGGGUUUUACCCAAAAAGAGGGAAACUUGACAGAAGACCAUGCCAUCCUUAAAAAAUACAGUAAGUUUUUUUUGCACAGGAAUUUGGUUUAAUGUAACUUUCAACGGACGCAUUUGAAUUUUUUUUUUUUUUACUUUAAGUGCAUUCGAGCAAAUUUAAUUUCCAGACAGUUCAAUGCAUUCUCUUUAGCGUGUAACUUGUAGCGGAUAUGCCCUUCCUCCUGUGAGUAUAUAAAGGAGAACACACCUGAUUUUAACUUGCUAGGUCGUCCCGCCCCCCUCACCUUUCAGCAUUGCGGAGGAAGUAGACUGAUAUUAACAAAGCUUAAUAAAUAAUGUGCCUCAUGAAAUAAAGAGCCGAAAGGAAUUUGAAUAAAAAUUUCCUGCAUCUCAUGCCAAGGGGGAAACACCAGAAUCAAGUGUUCCGCGUGACUGAAGACACCCCCUCAUCCAAGAAUGCAAAAGCACAUCCAGUAGAACUGGAUUAUAACUAUUCUUUCUUUCUUUCUUUUUUUCCUUUUGGGGCCGUGGGGCGGGAGUCUGGACCAGAAGUGCUGUUGGUACCUGCAGCUUUUUUCGGGGAAGGAUGGCGCAAGCCGGGAGAACAGGGUAUGAUAACCGGGAGAUCGUCAUGAAGUACAUCCAUUAUAAGCUGUCACAGAGGGGCUACGAGUGGGAUGCGGGAGAUGCCGACGCCGCGCCCCUGGGGGCCGCCCCCACCCCUGGCAUCUUCUCCUUCCAGCCUGAGAGCAACCCAACGCCCGCUGUGCACCGGGACACGGCUGCCAGGACGUCGCCACCACGGCCCAUAGUCGCCACCGCUGGACCUGCGCUCAGCCCGGUGCCACCUGUGGUCCACCUGACCCUCCGCCGGGCUGGGGAUGACUUCUCCCGUCGCUACCGUCGCGACUUCGCGGAGAUGUCCAGUCAACUGCACCUGACGCCCUUCACCGCGAGGGGACGCUUUGCCACGGUGGUGGAAGAACUCUUCAGGGAUGGGGUGAACUGGGGGAGGAUUGUGGCCUUCUUUGAGUUCGGUGGGGUCAUGUGUGUGGAGAGCGUCAACAGGGAGAUGUCACCCCUGGUGGACAACAUCGCCCUGUGGAUGACUGAGUACCUGAACCGGCAUCUGCACACCUGGAUCCAGGAUAACGGAGGCUGGGACGCCUUUGUGGAACUGUAUGGCCCCAGCGUGCGGCCUCUGUUUGAUUUCUCCUGGCUGUCUCUGAAGACCCUGCUCAGCCUAGCCCUGGUGGGGGCCUGCAUCACUCUGGGUGCCUACCUGGGCCACAAGUGAGGUCCACAGACCUGCCCCAAACAAAUAUGCAAAAGGUUCACUAAAGCAGUAGAAACAAUAUGCAUUAUCAACGAUGUACCAUGAAACAAAGUUGUGAUUUUUUUUUUAAGCUGAAUACACACACACACACACACACACACACACACACACACACACACACACAUUCAGGCAAACGGUCGAAUCAGCUAUUUACUGCCAAAGGGAAAUAUCAUUUAUUUUUUACAUUAUUUAGAAAAAAAAAGAUUUAUUUAUUUAAGACAGUUCCAUUGAAACUCCAGGCUUUGGAAACCCUACCAGGAAUUGCCAAGCACCACUUGCGGCUCCACCUGCUGGCCUGGGCCUCUGGACAACGAUCUGUUUUCCAUAGUGACCAGACUGGCCCACCAUCUAAAGAACAAAUGGCCCAGGACCCUGACUGCUGGGGAAGCCUGUAGUGUGGCUGCCGGAAGACGGGGAGAAGACUCCAUGUGAUCUGUAUAAACUGACCCUGGGGUCUAGGAUACUGUAGGGGUCAGAUGCCUACAAGGAAGUAUGGUCUUCCUUGGGUGGAGAGGGAACUUUGUAUGUGACUCACAUGGUACAUACCCAGCCAGAGGACAAGGGCUGGGGACUUCAGAUGCACUUGGUACCCACUGAGACGUCCCCACUGAAAGACAGUGAUGGGAAAAUGCCCUUAAACUAUAGGAAAUUAUUUUUUUAAGCUACCAAUUGUGCCGAGAAGCAUUUUAGCAGUUUAUACAAUAUCAUCCAGUACCUUAAGCCCUGAUUGUAGAUAUUCAUAUAUUUUGGAUACCCCCACCCUCCUCCAAUACUCACUCUGAGUAGGAAACAGAAGCUUCUAGAUUCGAGGAAGUGGAUGUGUGGUGACUUCUUCAGCAUCAGGAAGAAUGGGGUCACCCAGAACGUCAGGCGGCCACAAGUGCCUGCUUUUAGGAGAGCAACAUCUGCAGAGUCUACCCUGUGGCCCGGUGAGGCCUCGGCCUGGCUGAGCCUUGGCCCUUAACAGCCUCUGCGCAGGGGUUGGAGCAGAGCGGGCGGUCUCUGAGCGUCUGGAAGCUGACAGAGCUCAGGAUUGCACAGGAAGAAAGAGCAAUGGUGAGACCCACUUCCUGGGGCCUGCUUCAUCCAUCGGGAGUGUGAGCGCCACGACUCUUCCUAAGACAUUUGCCUCGUAGAGAGGAGAAGGCUUUCCCGCCAGAGGGUGCGGUGAGGGCAGGGACAUCACCACACCAGAAAAGAAGCCUGUGCCCUUCAAGCAGCCACAAGUACCUGUUAGCAGUGGUCUGCCAUGUUUAAGGAAAGGCUUUAAAUUACUUUGGGGAGGGUCAUAAAUCCUCUAGGAAGCACUGAAGCAAGGUCGAGGAUUCAAUGACCUGUGUCUAUGGAAUUACAUGUAAAACAUUAUCUUGUCAUUAUAGUUUGGUGUUAUUUGGAAAUCUGACAGAGGAAGAGGGAAAAAAAGGUUUCAGGUAUGUAUGGAAUGUAGAAAUUAUCUGUACAUCCUGAGGCAAAAAAAAAAAAAAAAAAAAAGGUGGGAAAUUGUAGAGGAGUAACAAAACAAGUAAAAUCUCCGCUAGUGAAGGGGAAACAUUGUUUCUCUCAAGUUCAGAAGGAGUGUGGAAACAUUUAUGGAGUAACCUUGUGGCAUUAUCAGACUCUGUAUCAUUCAUUUGUUCAUGAACUUUGGAAUGUACUUCAUUCAGUGUUUAUUGCUGUGGUUGAUUUUUCAAAAGCUGCUUUCGAAAAGAAUACAUGCAUCUCAGCAUUGUUUAAAUUGUAUUUAGUUAUGACCUCUAGAAUUUUUGUUAGCAAGACAAACAAAAAAGAUAAUUUUUCCAUUGCGAUAUUUGUCUCUUGAUUCUUCAAAAGCAUUUCUGAGAAUGUAGGAUAAGCCUGAGAGACACGAGGGGCCCGAGAGAGCCUGGGUUUCACCGCCCCCUCAGCUGCUUCGUCUGGACUCACUUUUCUGCCUGUACAGACCCCCCAGAUACUUAUUAUGAUGAAUAUAGCUGGUGUUCACUUGACCUUGUUUCUUCAAGGUUUACUCGUCCCUGGAUGAUUCAGCAUUUAACUCAAGUUACCUAGGAUUACAUGCAUGUUUGGUUAAACCCAUGAGGUUCAUUCAGUUGGAAAUCCAGAUGGGGAAGAGAGCAAAGGGUUAGAAUCUGGCUAUGGCAGCUGGGCCUUCAGAGAGUUGCUUUGUGUGGCCUGUUCCAACACAGAUGCGUCAGGAGUCCUCCUGCCCCUUGCCCUGGGCCUGUCUCCCCAAUGCAGAGGUACCUUGUAUCAUGGGGAGGGCAGGAAAGUCAGACCUCCCCAGUUGGUCUCAGAGAACAGGAUGGUCAGAACUUUUCAAGUUAUUUUAAUUAUUAAGCAAAAUAUUAUCCUAUGAAAGGUUUACAUUCUCCACAUGAUGAAUAUGGAAUAACAAACCUGUGCUGCUAUCCUGCCAAGUUCAUUGUAAUGGAGUCAGUUUGCAGUACGCGCCAAGCGGCGGGCUCCUUCAAGCUGCUUUAGAAGGAACUAUGAAGAACACAGACAUUUUUAAUAUAAAACCUGUUUCUCUUUUGGUUUUGUUGUUAUUGUUCAAACUGGGAUUUGUAGAGUAUUUGAAAAAUGUAUACAUACAUAUAUAUAUAUAUAUAUAUUAAAAGGAAGAAAAAGGUCAUAGGAUUCCUUCAGGUGUGGGAUUUUAUUUUCUGAUUUGAAUGGCAAAUUUUCCCAGUCACUGGACCCCAGUAUUGUGACCCCAGCCACAGUACUGUGGCUGCUCUUGCUCUAAGUGUAGUUGAUGGUGCAUUUAUCUUGUUAAAAACAUGUUAGAUGAAAAGAGUGUCUAUAGAAGCCUUGACUGGUCUUUUUCUUCCUCCUCUUUAAAAAAUAGUCUCAAUUAUUUUGCAAUAAGGCAACAGAGAGCCAUCCCCCUUCAUUUCAUAAGAAGGGUUUCACACCCAAAUCUCAACUCAUCUGUAAGCUUUGGAAUCUUCUCUGCAUCAGAGUCAAGCAGACACAGAACAUACACACUCCCCAACCUGGGCUGAGAGGCUUGGAGAAAGCCCACAAGAAGAGCAUGCUGAUGCCUUCCAUUGCUCCAGGAGCCUCACCCAGGCACUCUGAAAGAGAAAUAGAAAAAUAGAGAUGUUCAUCCCCAUUGACUUUUCAGGGCCUGGUUAUGUGUGCAAGCUUGAGAUUUUCAUGACAAGUUAAGGAAGCAUUUUUAUUUGGUUCAACUAAAACCCUCCAUCCUGCCCAACUCACUUGUCUCUGCAUGUUUGGGUGUGACCUUCACUCAUACAUACUUUCUUUUCCACUGGCAAGUACUAUUUAUUACGUCUAAAAGCCUUGCUGUGUCUGAGGGAGGGGACAGCAGGGUGUAGGAAGUACUUAUAAACCAAGAGGGAUUAUAAUCAUCAGGACUGAAUGUAGAUAAUGGGAUAAUACCCACAUAUCUAGCUUCCACAAUGAAUAGAAUGGGCAGAAUUGUGAAUAGUCUGUAUUUGUAAUCAAACCUAGACUAAAACAACUCAUAAAUGUGAACUUCAACUCUAACUGUGCUUUGAAGGUGGUGGGUGUCUUUAUACUUUCUUAUCACUUAUGGUUAGAAAUGCACACCUACUCUAUCAGGAAAAAAUAACAGGAAAAGGUUGAAAUAUAAGCCAGUCUAAGGAAAUUAGGGACCUGCUGAAGUUCUAGUCUGAUCUUAUUCUGUGGUGUCUAUUGCAGCCCAGACAAAUAUGGUUACACACUUCUUAAGAAAUACAAUUCUACAUUGUCAGGCUCAUGAAGGCUCUAAUCAGAUCUGUAUUGUUGCCCAAUUUGGAUCUUUCAGGGAUUUUUCUAUGUCAUUAUUAUUAUAGGGACAAAGGGCGUUUGUUAUGAGGUGGGAGGGUGGAAGAAUUCUUAUUUGAGUGAACAUUACCCUGAUUGGACCAGGGUGUGAUGGUCUUCUGCAAAAUCAGAACUGUGGGGAACGAGGGACUUUUACCAGGGUCAAUGUUAUGUUCCACUAAAGGCUUUUUGCAAGAACUGGGGAUCAUUUUUAAACUCUAUGGUACAUUUAGAUUCCAGGGACAUUGACAUAGUUCAAAGUCUGGCUUAAUAUGACCAUGCAAUAGCAUAUGUUUCAAGUUGGAUAUGGCUAAUGAGUGUUUAAACAGUAAGUUUGACAUUAUAACCAAUGGGAUAUUUAAACAACAACCUUCCAGUUGGUAGGGACAUCUGUUUCUCAAUGUUUAUUAUACACAAUGUGGAAAAAAAUUAGAUAUGAUUGAAUUAAAUAAAACAUUGUGAGACUGAAUUAGGUAAAUGCUUGUGGCCGUCCCUUAGCCUCACCCAGGGAAUCAUUUAGUCCUCUGUCUAUGGACACCCAUGCCAUGUGCAUCUCACUAGGCACAAAGAAAAACAGGUGGAGGGUGAAUGGUACGUUAGCACUUCAUCAAGGAUAGCCAGGAAAAAUAAUGUGAAGCCAGUGUUUUGUGCUCCAAGUUCAGUACAGAAGACAAAAGACAGUCAUGGAAGAUGGAAAAGCCAGCUUAUCAGAAAUCCCAGGAAUGUUAAUGCCUCACCUUCCUUCUCGGGAAACCUGCAGUGGGUCUUCUAGCUGGCUCAUUUCACUAAAUCCUUCCCUCCAAGAUAACAUCUGAAAGAUUGAUGGCACAUUCAGUUUCUUUUAGGAGACACUUUCCUUUGGAGAGAGGGGUUGUUUAUUAUAAUAUCUUAAGUUUUCAACCAAGCUUUGCUUUGGCUUCAGUUUUAUUGGGGUAAUUUUUAAGUAAAGUAAAUGUACAAAUAAGUGUUUUUGUAUUCAAAGCUUUGUUACCAAGAUUUUCAUACUUUUAUCCAUGGGCUGCUUUUAAGGUUGAUACUUUUAGACGUGGUUGAUACCUACAGCACUGUACAUACAAGAAAAUAUAUAAGUGUACUUUGCAUAGUUAAGGUAAAGUAAGUCUCCAGUUGGCUACCGUUCCAUAUAAUGGCACUUUGUUUGUGUUAUUGGAAAACGUUACAUUGCCAUGAACUCCCCUUGUCUGUCUGAAAAAAAAAAUAAAGUACAGCGUGCAGCA